UUCACAUGUUAUUCAUCAAAAACUGUUUUGUUAUCCAUUCACAUUCCAGUCAUAGCUCUUGCUUUCCUUCAAAAUUUCAUUUUCAACUUUCUACCUUGCUGGUUUAUUUUACUACAAAAAAUGGCUGCAGCUUUGGUGGGAGGCGCAUUUCUUUCUGCUACUAUUCAAACCAUAGCAGAGAAGCUAAGCUCAUCAGAGUUUCGUGUUUUCAUAAAAAACACAAAGUUCAAUUACUCGCUAUUGGCAGAUUUGAAAACAACACUUUUUGCUCUUCAAGCUGUUCUAGUUGAUGCAGAGCAGAAACAAUUCACUGAUCUUCCUGUCAAACAAUGGCUUGAUGACUUGAAAGACACAAUCUUUGAUGCUGAAGAUUUGCUCGACUUAAUAAGCUAUGCUUCCUUGCGGCGCAAGCUGGAGAACACACCAGCUGGUCAGUUGCAAAACUUGCCUUCAUCAUCAACAAAGAUCAAUUACAAGAUGGAGAAGAUGUGUAAAAGGCUGCAAACUUUUGUCCAGCAGAAAGAUAUCCUUGGCUUACAAAGAACUGUAAGUGGUAGAGUUUCUCGUAGAACACCUUCAAGUUCAGUGGUAAAUGAAUCUGUCAUGGUGGGUAGGAAUGAUGAUAAAGAUAGACUCGUCAAUAUGUUGGUAUCAGAUAUUGGAACAGGCAGAAAUAAUAAUUUAGGUGUUGUUGCAAUUUUGGGUAUGGGAGGCGUCGGUAAAACAACACUUGCUCAACUUGUUUACAACGACGAUAAAAUUGAAGAACAUUUUGAUCUGAAGGCAUGGAUUUGUGUACCGGAGGAUUUCGAUGUUGUGAGAAUAACCAAAUCUCUCCUUGAAUCUGUUGUUAGAAAUACAACAUCUGUCAAUUCAAUGGUCGAAAGCAAUAAUCUUGAUAUCCUUCAAGUUGAGUUAAUGAAACAUUUGAUGGAUAGAAGAUUUUUGUUUGUGUUGGACGACAUGUGGAAUGACAGUUAUGUUGACUGGGAUGAGUUAAUAACUCCCUUGACUAACAGAGAAACAGGAGGCAAAGUGAUAAUAACAACACGCGAACAAAAAGUUGCAGAGGUCGCAUGCACAUUUCCUAUUCAUAAAUUAGAACCUCUAUCUGAUGAUGAUUGUUGGACUUUACUCUCGAAGCAUGCAUUUGGUGAUGAAGACUAUGUUCGUGGUAAAUACCCAAAGCUAGAAGAGAUUGGCAGGAAGAUUGCUAGAAAGUGUGGUGGAUUGCCGAUAGCUGCAAAAGCACUUGGAGGACUAUUGCGUUCAAAGGCGGUUGAAAAAGAGUGGACUGCAAUUCUGAAUAGCGACAUAUGGAACUUAAGAAAUGAUACAAUUUUGCCCACUUUGUAUUUGAGUUAUCAAUAUCUUCCCUCUCAUUUAAAAAGAUGCUUUGCCUAUUGUUCUAUUUUCCCAAAAGAUUACCCACUGGAUAGGAAGAAAUUGGUUUUGUUGUGGAUGGCAGAAGGCUUCCUUGAUUAUUCUCAAGGCGAAAAAACGGCGGAGGAAGUCGGUGAUGAUUAUUUUGUCGAAUUGUUAUCUAGAUCGUUAAUUCAACAAUCAAAUGAUGAUGCUUGUGGAGAAAAGUAUGUCAUGCAUGACCUUGUUAAUGAUUUAGCAACAUUCAUAUCAGGAAAAAGUUGUUGCAGGUUUGAAUGUGGUAACAUUUCUAAAAAUAUCCGCCAUUUGUCAUAUAACCAAAAGGAGUAUGACAAUUUCAUGAAGUUGAAGAAUUUCUACAAUUUCAAAUGCUUGCGAAGCUUCCUACCCAUUUACAUCGGACCCAUUUACUUAUGGUGGGCCCAAAAUCACUUAUCCAUGAAGGUGGUUGAUGAUUUGCUACCAAAACUCAAAAGGUUGCGUGUGUUAUCGCUAUCCAAGUAUACAAACAUCACCAAGCUACCAGAUUCAAUUGGCAAUUUGGUGCAAAUGAGGUAUCUAGAUCUCUCCUUAACUAGAAUCAAAAGCUUGCCUGAUACGAUAUGCAACCUUUUUAAUUUGCAAACCUUUAUUUUAUUUGGUUGUUGCGAUCUUUGUGAAUUGCCAGCGAAUAUGGGAAAUUUAAUCAAUUUACAUCACCUUGAUAUAAGUGAGACUGGCAUAAAUGAGUUGCCCAUGGAUAUUGUACGACUAGAAAACCUUCAAACAUUGACAGUUUUCAUCGUGGGGAAGCUACAGGUAGGGUUAAGUAUCAAAGAGCUUCGGAAAUUCUCGCACCUACAAGGAAAACUUACCAUCAAGAACCUAAAUAAUGUAGUUGAUGCCACGGAGGCACACGAUGCCAACCUGAAAAGCAAAGAGAAAAUUGAAGAGUUAGAGUUGUUAUGGGGCAAACAAAUUGAAGACUCACAAAAAGAGAAAAAUGUACUUGAGAUGUUGCAUCCAUCAGUAAACUUGAAGAAACUAAUCAUAGACUUGUAUAGCGGGACAAGCUUUCCAAAUUGGUUGGGAAAUUCUUCGUUUUCUAACAUGGUAUCCAUCAACAUCACUAACUGUGAAUAUUGUGUGACACUUCCACCGUUAGGGCAACUACCUUCUCUCAAAGACCUAAGUAUAGGGUAUAUGUUAAUAUUGGAGAAAAUUGGCCCAGAGUUCUAUUGUGUCGUAGAAGAAGGUUCUGAUUCUUCCUUCCAACCAUUUCCCUCCCUUGAGUGUAUAACAUUUUUCAACAUGCCAAAUUGGAAGGAAUGGCUUUCCUUUGAAGGAAACAAUUUUGCCUUUCCUCGUCUUAAAAUUCUGAAGAUACUUAAUUGUUCUGAAUUGAGGGGGAAUUUACCUUGCCACCUUUCUUUCAUAGAAGAAAUUGUAAUAGAAGGUUGUGCUCAUCUAUUGGAAACACCGCCUACUUUGCAUUGGCUGUCGUCAUUGAAAAAAGGUAAUAUCAAUGGGCUUGGUGAAAAGACUCAAUUAUCAUUGCUUGGGAGUGACUCUCCAUGUAUGAUGCAACAUGUAGUCAUUUGUAGGUGUGUUACGCUAUUAUCUAUUCCAAAAAUGAUUUGAGAAGCACUUGUCUUCAACACUUGGAACUCUAUGAUAUUCCAUCUCUCACUGUGUUUCCCAAAGAUGGUCUACCCACUUCUUUGCAGUCACUUAGUAUUAAAAGGUGUGAGAAUUUAUCCUUUCUUCCUGCUGAAACGUGGAGCAAUUACACAUUGCUUGUGAGUCUUGAUUUAUGGAGUAGCUGUGAUGGACUAACAUCCUUUCCACUUGAUGGUUUCCCUGCACUCCAAAGACUUAACAUUAGUAACUGUAGGAAUUUGGAUUCCAUUUUUACUUUAAAAAGUCCUUUACACCAAUAUUCGAGCCUCCAAUCACUUCAUAUCCAAUCCCAUGAUUCAGUUGAAUCAUUUGAAGUCAAGCUUCAGAUGAACACGCUCACGGCUCUUGAAGAGUUGGACUUGGAUUGUCAGGAGUUAUCAUUUUGUGAAGGAGUUUGUCUUCCUCCCAAAUUACAAUCAAUUGAUAUUUGGUCCCAAAGAACAACAACUCCUAUAAUGAAAUGGGGUCUUGAAGAUCUGACCGCUCUUUCAAGACUGAAAAUUGGAGCAGGUGAUGAUAUAUUUAACACCUUGAUGAAGGAGUCGUUGCUUCCCAUCUCCCUUGCAUCUCUAUAUAUCAGUGAUCUCUAUGAAAUGAAGUCCUUUGAUGGAAAUGGGCUUCGACAAAUCUCCUCUCUCGAAAAUCUUGAAUUUCUUAAUUGUCUACAGCUUGAGUCAUUGCCAGAAAACUGCCUCCCUUCCUCGCUGAAAUUACUUGUGUUUGAAAACUGUAAAAAGCUUGAAUCGUUUCCAGAAAAUUGCCUACCUUCGUUGCUUGAAUCACUUAGAUUUUAUGGUUGUGAAAAGCUUUACUCAUUACCAGAAGACAGCCUUCCUGAUUCUCUUAAGCUACUGAUCAUUCAAAGAUGCCCAACAUUAGAAGAAAGGUAUAAAAGGAAGGAACAUUGGUCCAAAAUUUCUCACAUCCCUGUCAUAGAAAUAGAUGGACAAGUCACAAUAUGAGGACAGGCUGUGUUCCCGUUUCAGGAGAUCAAGGCCUAAGUGGAUGAAAAUCAGGUCGCUGGAUGAAUUCAAGACAAAUGUGGGUCUGUCAUGAUUCUUCUUGUAAACUUGUUUUAGAUUGGAUUUACUUAGCUAAUAUGCAGUCUGCAUGAGCCAGUUAGACAACACAAAGCAGUAGGGUUUGUAUAAUAUUCUUAAUUUGAAUCUGUAAGUGAAUUAAUGCUCCUAUAAACAUUUGUUGAAAAUAGUUACAUACAGUAUAUCCUGUCUUCAAAGUACAUACAUUGUUAAAUUAGGUCUGUCUCGUGUCGGUAUCUAAGAUUAUA